CCUCCAUGGGCCUCGUGGCGGCACGUUCAGCACGCAUCCCGUUGGGCCGAAGUCCGGGCGAGACACGCCAUCUCCUGGACCAGACCUCCGCGGCCGUUGGACUUCUCAGGAAUCGAAGACGUAUCUCCGAUUGUGGAUGCGGCCGUUUCCGGUGAGAUGCUAUCGAUCGGAGAACUUUGUUCUGUGAGUAAAAUGCUGAGGACGGCUAGAUCAUUGAUCGAGAGGUAUCAUCUGAGGGUCAUUCAUAAGAGAGCACCUCCAUGGGCCUCGUGGCGGCACGUUCAGCACGCAUCCCGUUGGGCCGAAGUUCGGGCGAGACACGCCAUCUCCUGGACCAGACCUCCGCGGCCGUUGGACUUCUCAGGAAUCGAAGACGUCUCUCCGAUUGUGGAUGCGGCCGUUUCCGGUGAGAUGCUAUCGAUCGGAGAACUUUGUUCUGUGAGUGAAACGCUGAGGUCGGCUAGAUCAUUAAUCGAGCAGUUGAAGGAGAACGAAGCCUUGAUCCUCGAGACGACAUCGUACGGUAUCGCUGCGAAAUCGGGGCAUGCCGCUGGAGGCGGCGGU